ACAGGCACUACUCCUGAUAAAUCAGUUCUGUUCUUCUACCAUAUAGAACAUAUUGGGGAUGCAAUCCCAGUAUGUUUUUCCUUCCAUCAGACCAACGGUUGAAUUAUACCUGACUCCAUAUGGGAGACAUUACUUUAUGUCGAAAUUUUUAUUCUUGUACCCUGACAGAAGCCAUCAGAUUCAUCACAGCUGGUACUUGAUGCCAAUCUUCUUACUUAUCCUAGCCAAAUUCUAUCUAUCAAUUGUCCAAAACCAUCCGUGCAACAUCAUGAGCUCCUCACAUACUGUUUUUUUUCUCUCAGUCAAGUUAUCAAAGACUGGAUUAUAAACAUAUACCUGACUAGUGACUCCAUACGGUGGACGUUUCUUUUAUCGAAAUAAUUAUUCUUGUACUCUGACAGAAAUCAUCAGAUCUUCGUUACUGCUGGUACUUGAUGCCAGUCUUCUCACUUAUCCAAGCCAAAUUCUCUCCAUCAAUUAUCCCAAACCAUCCAUACAACAUCACGAGCUCCUCAUAUAUUGCUUUUUCUCAGUCAAGUAAUCAAAGACUGGAUUGUACAUAAACGAUGCUAUAUAUUUUGCAGGGCUUGUUUGCUACAACAGACACUAUGAUUGCUGCAAGCAAGAAUCCAGAACCACACUUUCUCUUUACACUUUCCCUUUCCAAUUGUAAAAUAUUGUGCUAGGUAGCAAGAGCAAGGCAAGUAUGGAAUUCCACCUUUUCUUUCUUCAAAUACCUUGCAUUGAAACAUGCUGUCACCAUUGCUCAUUGCCAUUGCAUAGCCUGACAAAGAGAUCAAUCAAGCCAAAGAGAAAGGAUGGCUUCAGGCUUGCAAGUGUUUGGCCAGCCAGCAUCCACCGAUGUUGCCAGGGUUCUGACAUGCCUCUUUGAGAAGAAUUUGGAGUUUGAUCUCGUCCGCAUCGACACAUUCAAGAGGCAGCACAAGCUUCCUGAGUUCAUCAGGCUGCGCGAUCCAAGUGGACAAGUGACAUUCAAGCAUGGUGACAAGACUCUUGUCGACCCAAGGGCUAUUUGCCGGUACCUCUGUACCCAGUUCCCAAACCAGGGAAACAGGAACCUCUAUGGGACUGGCUCUCUGGAACGGGCAUCAAUAGAACAGUGGCUGCAAGCAGAGGCUCAGAGCUUCAACCCUCCCAGCUCGGCCCUCGUGUUUCAGCUGGCAUUUGCUCCUCUUCUGGAAAUCCCUCAGGACCACAUGGUCAUUGCAGAGAAUGAGAGGAAGCUUCAGCAAGUCCUCAAUGUUUACGACGAAAUACUCUCGAAGAAUGAGUACCUGGCUGGCGACGAGUUCACCCUGGCUGACCUCUCUCAUCUUCCGGACUCGCAGUACCUUGUGAGCUCGGAGAGGGGGAUGAAGCUCUUCACCUCCAGGAAGAAUGUGGCGAGGUGGUUUGACCAAAUCUCGAGCCGCAAGGCGUGGGAGCAGGUUGUCAAGAUGCAGAUGGAGCAUCCUGGUGCCUUUGAGUAACGCCUUGGUGGUGGCAAGCAAGUAUUUUGAGUUCAUCUUGAAGAGCUCUCUACGUUUAUCGAUCUUACUUUCAUGUGUUCUUUGGUCAUCAUUGCUACUUGUGCUGUCGUCGUUUACCGAAUCCUCAUCCACGUUUUCUUGUGAACCAGAAUAAUAUGAGCCGUGAUGUGUUAUGUACAUUGCGCUGUUUAAAAUGCUUUUGCCCUGAACAUUGCGCCGUGAUGUGUUAUGUACAUUGUGAUGUGUUAUCUACUGAAUAAAAUUAUCUGUUUGUUUUUCACA